CAUCACUGCCACUGAGCUCCCUCUUCUGCCUGGUCCUCUCUGCACUGAAAUCGGAUUCGCAGAGCAGUGCGUGGGAUCCGUUACCACCACCACCCCGCCCCCGCGCCCAACUACAUCUUCCCGGUGGUUGGAGCCCCAGCUUUUUUAGUGACAAGCCAAGUUGAUCCUUGUGAGACGGAAGACGAGUGAUCUCUUCCCCGCUGCUGUCUGGAUCUCCUUGGAGCCUUGGCCAGGCCGUUUGGUCUCCAGGUUUUAAAGUUGCCCACGGAGCUCCUGCCCUGCUGGAAGAGGAUAGAGGGAGGGGGAAAGCCUUGCGCCUCUAUUGGCUCCACUCCUUUGAAUAUUACUACUAUUCCUUAUUAUUUUGUGCCCAUUUCCCCGCGGCACUCUGGGCUGCUAACCUCGCGCCAGGCACUGGGCCUCAGGCACUACGCGGUUCCCGAGGAGCGGCGAGCUAAAGAGAAACCCCGACGCCCGCGAGCGAGGAGGCGGUGGGGGAAGAUGCGCGGCGUGGGCUGGCAGACGCUGUCCCUGUCGCUGGUGUUAGUGUUGGCGGUCCUCAACAAGGUGGCGACGCAGGCGUGCCCGGCGCAGUGCUCCUGCUCCGGCAGCACCGUGGACUGUCACGGGCUGGCACUGCGCAGCGUGCCCAGGAAUAUCCCUCGCAACACCGAGAGGCUUGAUCUGAAUGGAAAUAACAUCACACGGAUUACGAAGACCGAUUUUGCUGGUCUCAGACACCUCAGAGUUCUUCAGCUUAUGGAAAACAAGAUUACCGCCAUUGAAAGAGGAGCAUUCCAAGACCUUAAAGAACUGGAGAGACUGCGUUUAAACAGAAAUCACCUUCAGCUGUUUCCUGAGUUGCUGUUUCUUGGGACUGCCAAGCUAUACAGGCUUGAUCUCAGUGAAAAUCAAAUUCAGGCUAUUCCAAGGAAGGCUUUCCGUGGGGCAGUUGACAUUAAAAAUUUGCAACUGGAUUAUAACCAGAUCAGCUGUAUUGAAGAUGGGGCGUUUAGGGCUCUCCGGGACCUGGAAGUGCUCACUCUCAACAAUAACAACAUUACAAGACUUUCUGUUGCAAGUUUCAACCAUAUGCCUAAACUUAGGACUUUCCGACUACAUUCGAACAACCUGUACUGUGACUGCCACCUGGCCUGGCUCUCGGACUGGCUGCGACAAAGACCCAGGGUGGGCCUGUACACGCAGUGCAUGGGGCCCUCCCACCUGAGAGGCCACAACGUAGCAGAGGUUCAAAAACGAGAGUUUGUUUGCAGUGAUGAGGAAGAAGGUCACCAGUCCUUUAUGGCUCCUUCUUGCAGCGUUUUGCAUUGUCCCGCCGCUUGUACCUGUAGCAACAAUAUUGUAGACUGUCGUGGGAAAGGUCUCACUGAGAUCCCCACAAACCUGCCAGAGACCAUCACAGAAAUACGUUUGGAACAGAACUCAAUCAAGGUCAUUCCUCCUGGAGCUUUCUCACCUUACAAAAAGCUUAGAAGAAUUGACCUGAGCAACAAUCAGAUCUCUGAGCUGGCACCUGAUGCUUUCCAAGGUCUCCGCUCUCUGAACUCUCUUGUCCUCUAUGGAAAUAAAAUCACAGAACUACCAAAAAGUUUAUUUGAAGGACUAUUUUCCUUACAGCUACUAUUAUUGAAUGCCAACAAGAUAAACUGCCUUCGGGUAGAUGCUUUUCAGGAUCUCCACAACUUGAACCUUCUCUCCUUAUAUGACAACAAGCUUCAGACCAUUGCCAAGGGGACCUUCUCACCUCUCCGUGCCAUUCAAACUAUGCAUCUGGCCCAGAACCCCUUUAUCUGUGACUGUCACCUCAAGUGGCUGGCAGAUUAUCUCCAUACCAACCCAAUCGAGACCAGUGGUGCCCGCUGUACCAGCCCCCGUCGCCUGGCAAAUAAACGAAUUGGACAGAUCAAAAGCAAGAAGUUCCGCUGUUCAGCUAAAGAACAGUAUUUCAUUCCAGGUACAGAAGAUUAUCGAUCAAAAUUAAGUGGAGACUGCUUCGCCGAUUUGGCUUGCCCUGAAAAGUGCCGCUGUGAAGGGACCACAGUAGACUGCUCCAAUCAAAAACUCAACAAAAUCCCUGAUCAUAUUCCCCAGUACACUGCAGAGCUGCGUCUCAAUAAUAAUGAAUUUACAGUGUUGGAAGCCACAGGAAUCUUUAAGAAACUUCCUCAAUUACGUAAGAUCAAUUUUAGCAACAAUAAGAUUACAGAUAUUGAGGAGGGAGCAUUUGAGGGAGCAUCUGGAGUGAAUGAAAUACUUCUCACCAGUAACCGUUUGGAAAACGUUCGGCAUAAGAUGUUCAAGGGAUUGGAAACCCUCAAAACUCUGAUGUUGAGAAGUAAUCGAAUCAGCUGUGUAGGGAACGACAGUUUCAUAGGACUCAGUUCUGUGCGUUUGCUUUCUUUAUAUGAUAAUCAGAUCACUACGAUUGCACCAGGUGCCUUUGAUACUCUCCAUUCUUUAUCUACUCUAAACCUCUUAGCCAAUCCUUUUAACUGUAACUGCUACCUGGCAUGGUUGGGAGAGUGGCUCAGGAAGAAAAGAAUCGUAACAGGAAAUCCUCGAUGCCAGAAACCAUACUUCCUCAAAGAAAUCCCUAUCCAGGAUGUGGCCAUUCAGGACUUCACUUGUGACGACGGAAACGAUGACAAUAGUUGCUCUCCACUCUCUCGGUGUCCUAUGGAGUGUACUUGCUUAGACACAGUAGUCCGAUGUAGCAACAAAGGCUUGAAGAUCUUGCCCAAGGGUAUUCCAAGAGAUGUCACCGAGCUGUAUUUGGAUGGAAACCAGUUUAUGCUGGUUCCCAAAGAACUAUCUAAUUACAAGCAUUUAACACUUAUAGAUUUAAGUAACAACAGAAUAAGCACCCUCUCCAAUCAGAGCUUCAGCAACAUGACUCAGCUUCUCACCUUAAUUCUUAGUUACAACCGUCUGAGAUGUAUUCCGCCUCGAACCUUCGAUGGAUUGAAAUCUCUUCGAUUACUCUCUUUACAUGGAAAUGACAUUUCUGUUGUACCAGAAGGUGCUUUCAGUGACCUCUCUGCCUUAUCACACCUAGCAAUCGGCGCCAACCCGCUUUACUGUGAUUGUAACAUGCAGUGGUUAUCCGACUGGGUGAAGUCAGAAUACAAGGAGCCAGGGAUUGCUCGCUGUGCUGGCCCUGGAGAAAUGGCGGACAAACUGUUACUCACAACUCCCUCCAAAAAGUUUGUAUGUCAAGGUCCUGUGGAUGUUAAUAUUCUUUCUAAAUGUAAUCCCUGCUUGUCAAAUCCAUGUAAAAAUGAUGGUACCUGUAACAAUGAUCCAGUUGACUUUUACCGAUGCACCUGUCCAUAUGGUUUCAAGGGGCAAGAUUGUGAUAUCCCAAUUCAUGCCUGCAUCAGUAACCCAUGUAAACACGGAGGAACUUGCCACUUAAAAGAAGGAGAAAGGGAUGGAUUCUGGUGUAUUUGUGCUGAUGGAUUUGAAGGAGAAAAUUGUGAGGUCAAUGUUGAUGAUUGUGAAGAUAAUGACUGUGAAAAUAAUUCCACAUGUGUCGAUGGAAUUAAUAACUACACAUGUCUUUGCCCACCUGAAUACACAGCUGCUAAUCUGAAUGAGGUGGAAAAAGGCGAGUUGUGUGAGGAGAAACUGGACUUCUGUGCCCAGGACCUGAACCCCUGCCAGCACGACUCCAAGUGCAUCCUGACACCAAAGGGAUUCAAGUGUGACUGCACACCAGGAUACAUCGGUGAGCACUGUGACAUUGACUUUGAUGAUUGCCAAGAUAACAAGUGUAAAAAUGGUGCACACUGCACUGAUGCAGUGAAUGGCUACACGUGUAUCUGCCCUGAAGGUUACAGUGGCUUAUUCUGUGAGUUCUCUCCACCCAUGGUCCUCCCUCGGACCAGCCCCUGUGAUAAUUUUGAUUGUCAGAAUGGAGCUCAGUGUAUCAUCCGGAUAAACGAGCCAAUCUGUCAGUGUUUGCCUGGCUACCAAGGGGAGAAGUGUGAAAAACUGGUCAGUGUGAAUUUUGUGAACAAAGAGUCUUAUCUUCAGAUUCCUUCAGCCAAGGUUCGGCCUCAGACAAACAUUACUCUUCAGAUUGCCACAGAUGAAGACAGUGGUAUCCUCCUCUAUAAAGGUGACAAAGACCACAUUGCCGUGGAACUGUACCGAGGGCGCGUUCGGGCCAGCUAUGACACUGGCUCUCUCCCAGCUUCUGCCAUUUACAGCGUGGAGACCAUCAAUGAUGGAAACUUCCACAUUGUGGAGCUGCUCGCCCUGGAUCAGAGCCUGUCCCUCUCUGUGGAUGGAGGAAGCCCCAAGAUCAUCACCAACUUGUCACAGCAGUCCACCCUGAGUUUCGACUCCCCGCUUUACGUAGGAGGCAUGCCUGGGAAGAACAAUGUGGCCUCUCUGCGCCAGACUCCAGGGCAGAACGGCACCAGCUUCCAUGGCUGCAUCCGGAACCUGUACAUCAACAGCGAGCUGCAGGACUUCCGGAAGGUGCCCAUGCAGACAGGCAUUCUGCCGGGCUGUGAGCCAUGCCACAAGAAGGUGUGUGCCCAUGGCACGUGCCAGCCCAGCCGACAGUCAGGCUUCACCUGCGAGUGUGAAGAGGGAUGGACGGGACCCGUCUGUGACCAGAGGACCAAUGACCCUUGUAUGGGAAAUAAAUGCGUACACGGCACCUGCCUGCCCAUCAACGCAUUCUCCUACAGCUGUAAAUGCCUGGAGGGACAUGGAGGUGUCCUCUGUGACGAAGAGGAGGAUCUGUUCAACCCCUGCCAGACGAUCAAGUGCAAGCAUGGGAAAUGCAGGCUCUCAGGACUGGGGCAGCCCUACUGCGAAUGCAGCAGUGGCUACACUGGGGACAGCUGUGAUCGAGAAAUCUCUUGCCGAGGGGAACGGAUAAGAGAUUAUUUCCAAAAGCAGCAGGGCUACGCCGCCUGCCAGACCACCAGGAAGGUCUCCCGCUUGGAGUGUAGAGGCGGGUGCGCCGGAGGGCAGUGCUGUGGGCCUCUGAGGAACAAGCGGCGGAAAUACUCUUUCGAGUGCACGGACGGGUCUUCCUUCGUGGGCGAGGUUGAGAAGGUGGUGAAGUGCGGCUGUACGAGGUGCGCCUCCUAAGAGCGCGUCCUGGCGGGGGUUGUACCGUGUACUGCUUGACCAGGUUGGACUAAUUCAUGCUUCAUAGUGGAAAUAUUUGAGAUAUAUUGUAAAAUACAGAACAGACUUAUUUUUAUUAUGAGAAUAAAGACUUUUUUUCUGCAUUUGGAAAAAAAAAGAAUAAAAGACAUGCUUGAAAUGAAGCGUGAAGAGAGCUAUAGUUGGAAGAUUUAGAGCCGCGAUGGGGACCAUUGCAAGGGAGGAUUCAACUUUUGAACAAGCUGAAGACGAGCAGCAGCACAUUCAGUACCCAGGGACUGAUGAGCUAAUGUGCACUGAUGUGGUCGCCCGGAGCGUAAAACCUGUGUCCCUCAUCCACACCCACGCAGUUUCCGAAGACACUUGAAGCACACGUGUGUGAGUGAGUCUGUCAGGCAAAAGAAUGGAGCCCCGGAAUUCACAGAUACAGGGAGUGGAUGAGCAAAGGCUUAUGCGAAAUAGAAAGUGUCCCGAAGAUCCGGGCUCCAUUCUCAAGAGGAAAUGGGAGUGGAGCGCUAUGAUACAUUUUACCUUCUUUUUAAAUGUCAGCAUGUCAGCAGAAGCAGCACACAAGAGUGAUUAUCUACCAUUUUCCAGUAUUAAUUUUUGUAAUAUAAGUGAUAAAGGAAAUGAUAAAAGAACCAAUAGAUUAUUGAUAAAUAAAUUAGUAAUAAUAUGAGUUUUUGUUUCUAUGCGUUCUAAACAGCCCUAUACAGUAUUCAGUUUCAUGAUGAAUAUUUAUUGUAUCAAAGUACAUUGUACUUAACGUUUUUAGACCCUUCUUUUGCUGUUUCUCGAUGCUUUAAUAUAUAUUAAUUUAUAAUUAUCCUGAUAUUUUUGUAAAUUUUUUCAAACUUAAAAAAAAUCAGGAUUUUUCUGUUUGCAAUAAUACUAACAUAGAGUGUUAUCUCUGGAUAAAUGUAUGUUGGUCUGUUUGUUGACCUCGACAGGUGACCACUGGUGUCUCUGGCCUACUGGCUCAUUCAGCACACCUGCAGGGGGCACGGGAAGUCCAGGAGGAGAAAAGGCAUCUCUGUAUGUGAGUCUGUCCUUGCACAGGCAGAGGCAACCCCUCUGAGGUUUGUCCCCACAGCAAAGAAAUGGUGUGUAGCAAUUGGCACUAGGAGUAGAUCUUUUACAAAUUCAUAUUUUCUUCAUGGGUUCUGCCCUCUUAUUGGGGGACAGGAGUGGGAGGAAGGAAGACUACCAUGUCAAACGUUGUAAGAUUUUUUUCCCCCAAACAAUAAAACUUCUUCAUUACCUGAAUGUCCCUAUGUUAACAUAUUUGCUGCUAAAUUGCAAUGUAGAAUUGAUACUGAUUUAUAGUGGACUGUACUCUACCCUUAUUACAAUCCCAGGGUGCCCUGUAAAGAUGCAGAUGUUGCUCCUCACCCCCUGAAAAAAAACCUCUUUUUACAAAGAAAAUUAGAUGUACAUGUAUAAUUCAGUGUGCUUUGUCUUUCUCCAGACUGAUAUCAGUUACACUACUGAUGUUUGUAAAUUAAACAGAUAUUUACUUCAUUUAACAGCUUGUUGGUUUUCUUAGAAAUUGCACAGUGAACUCUUCCUGAAGAAUUUGCUAACACGCCACAGAAAGAAGCAGAAUGACAACUUAACACAUCGUUGUUGCCUGAAAUUGGUUUGAAAUCAGCAUAGGGUCACAUCUGGGGGUUUCGAGUAGCUACAUGAAAGAGUUGUGCCUUUCUAGGGAAAUAAAAUGUAGCUAUUCAAUUAAUUUCACACACACACAAUAUCUUUGAGAUAAAAUCCAACUAAGGAUAUUAUUUUUCCUCUACUUUGUUUCCUCUCCUUUGUUUUUCUUCCUUUCACUUAGAACCUGACCAUACUGACCUGGUAACCACUGAGAUCAGAAAAUAAUUGGCUGAUCAUUAAUACUUGGCCACUAUGAUAAGAUUUCUUCCUUUCUCUUUAGAAAAUCACACACAUGCACACAUAAAUUACUCACUAUCUCACAGAAGUAGUUAUUCAAUCAUUUAUUCAUCCUCAUUGAAAACACCUUUAUUUAUGUUAUAUAAAUAUAUAACCAUUAUAAAACAUUCAUAUAGUCCCACUAGUAGCUUUCUUCCAUGGUUUUUAUUCACUCAUUAAGCAAAGAAACAUCUGUAAAAAUAAAAUGGCUUAAAACUGUCGAUUGCUUAUUGUAUGAAAGGUACUAUGCUAAGAGCUUUAUGCAACAUCACAUGCAUCUCUAUAAAUUGAUGGAAUUAUUGUGCUCUCUGUUCUACACUGGCGUGCAAGGCUUGAAACAAAGGAGCUGGACUCAAUCUCAGGCUGUUCAGACUGAACACUCUAUGCUUAGUGUUAAAGCAGCAUUUUGGUAACCACCCUCUCUACUGAAGGUCCUUUAUGCCCUGGAGAUUUAUUUCUACAUCACAAUAAUUCUCCUCUAUUGACCAUGUAGUUUUAAUCUAGAUUAGAGAUGCUACAUUAUUUUUGUUUUCCGGUGUUCUUUUAUUAGGAAAAACGUGAGGUUUUCUUAGAGGUUCCUAACUGCAUUCUUUCUCUUUACUGCUAGUAAAGGCACAAGAUGAAAUUAUGUUUCCCUAGGAUUUAGGCUGUGUUAGAAAUUCUUUAAGGAGAUUUUUCUGCCUUGUGCUCAGAUAGCCUUCUGCACUUGAGCCCCUCUUUGAGAAAAUUCAAUAGCCAGAUAAUUACUGGCAAAUGAGACAAAUUAAAGGCAAUUAUUCAUGUUAUAAAUAGGUCCUUAUGAGGCUUUGGUCAAAUGAUUUCUUUAAAUAGAAAACCAUUCCAGAACCUUUAACGAAAGAAUUCAAUAAACUUACAACAAAUUUUGCACAUUUCAGAAUCAAAAACCACUGCAUGGAAUAUACAUUGGUAAUCUGAAAAGAUUAAAGAAAUAAUAUUUACUCUUAAAUUCUCACUAGUGAGGCACAGUGAGGAAAUGCCAUGGGAAUUUGAUGUGUUCGGGUAAAUAUGUACUCAAUGAAUAACAGCCACCUGAUUCUUUGGAAUUUGUUUUCACCACCAAUGUCUUGCAAUUAUUUGGGGGCAGUAAUAGACAAAUCUCUGUUUCAGAAUUGCUCUGAGCAUUUUCUCUCUUGGAUGAUUUGCUUUGUCAGCAGCAAUUCCUUCCAGAUUAAAAGAUUUGAAAUUGAUUGAGGGCAUAAAGAUCUUGGGCUUUAUGGUAUCAUCCGCCUCAUGUAGCGACCAUUAUUUCAAAAGUAAUGUUUGUAAAAAUAGAUAAGCAGUAAAAAGUACAUGAAGCUUUAUGUAUAGCUUUAUAUAAUGUAUAUAAAACUCAUUAAAAA